AUGGUCAAGCAAGCACUUAACACGCGAGGGAAGCUGUCUGGUCUGGUGGGUAAAAUGAGACGCGUCUGUGGUGGGGUUCCCUUUGGGUCUGGUCUUGAGAGGGACCAGCGGCAGGUAAGAAAUGUGACGCCAACUUUACGCGGGGCACAAGAUUGGACGUGUCCAGCUGAUGGCUGGGUGGUGGCUUCAACGCUUCAACCCAAGCUCUGCUCUGGAUUGCUCCAAGAAAUAAAUUGA